AUCUCCUAGAUGUGUUGUGUUUUACAUCUCCUAGAUGUGUUGUGUUUUACAUCUCCUAGAUGUGUUGUGUUUUACAUCUCCUAGAUGUGUUGUGUUUCAGGAUCAUCUCCAGUUAGAAUCCAUCAGCCUACGUCACCCUGUGCUGUAACCUGGGUGAUAUAGACCAUCCACACUCUCUCUCUCACACACACAGGCACGCUUGUACCAUCUCAGCUCACCUCUCUCUCUCACACGCACACCCCAGUCUCUGAGACCCGGGCAUCUCUCUCUGACCAUGGACGUGUCAGCGCUGGGCAGUGGGAGCAGCUGUUCAGAGGAUUGUGUGCUAGGGUCUGGCUGUCUGGAGGACUGUGGCAACCAGAGUGACCAGACUGACUGGGAAUGGGAGGACUUCAGUGGGGCUGAGCUGGUGUGUGUGACAGCCGUGUGUGUGCUGCUGCUGGCCCUGGGCAUCGCAGGAAAUAUGUUAACCAUCCUGGUAGUUUGGCUCCGGCCACACCUGAGAAGCACCACCUACCUCUACCUGAGUAGUAUGGCCGUCUCCGACCUCCUCAUGCUGCUUCUGAUGCCUUUAGAUCUGUACUACAAGCUGUGGAGGUUCCGGCCCUGGGAUCUGGGUGAUGCAGUGUGUAAACUGAGUGUGUUCAUCAGUGAGAGUUGUACCUACUCCUCCAUCCUCCACAUCACUGCCCUUUCUCUGGAGCGCUACCUCGCUGUCUGUCGACCACUCACAGCCAAGACCCUGGUCACACGGACCCGCGUCCGCACUCUCAUUGGCUGCCUGUGGGUUGUGGCCGUGAUCAGCGCUGGGCCGGUGUUUGCUAUAGUAGGGGUAGAGGAGCUGGGGGGAGGUGAGGGGGAGAGCGAGUGUCGCUGUACGGACUACGCCGUCUCCUCAGGCCUGCUGGGGGUCAUGAUGUGGCUCUCCAACCUCUACUUCCUGGUGCCGCUGGGCAUUCUGGGAGUUGUGUAUGGUCUGAUCGGCAGGAAGCUUUGGCUCCGCCCACAACGCAGCAGCCGAGACCGCGCCCAGCGACACACCAUCAAGAUGCUCGGGAUGAUCGUGCUGGCGUUUGUUCUGUGUUGGCUGCCGUUCCACGUUGGUCGGACGUUGUUCUCUGUGACUCUGGGCUCCAGCGCUGAUAUGUACUACAUCUCUCAGUACUUUAACUUGGUCUCCUUUGUGUUGUUCUACCUCAGUGCUGCUGUCAACCCUAUCCUCUACAACACCAUGUCAGCACGCUACCGCCACGCUGUCCGCAGCCUGCUGCGCUCACACACACCCCGCUCCCACCACCCCCCACUCACCCCACAACACUCUACCACCACCCUGUAACUCACACACACCCUGCUCCCACCACCCCCACUCACCCCACAACACUCUACCACCCCCUGUAACUCACACACACCCCGCUCCCACCCCCCACUCACCCCACAACACUCUACCACCACCCUGUAACUCACACACACCCCGCUCCCACCACCCCCACUCACCCCACAACACUCUACCACCCCCUGUAACUCACACACACCCCGCUCCCACCACCCCCACUCACCUCACAACACUCUACCACCCCCUGUAACUCACACACACCCCGCUCCCACCACCCCCACUCACCUCACAACACUCUACCACCACCCCACAACAAUCUACCACCACCCCACAACACUCUACCACCACCCUGUAACUCACACACACCCCGCUCCCACCACUCACCUCACAACACUCUACCACCCCUCUGUAACUCACACACACCCCACUCCCACCACCCCACAAUACUCUACCACCACCCCCCACUCACCUCACAACACUCUACCACCACUCUGUAACUCACACACACACACACAGAAAACCUUGGAGAUGGAUGGAGGAAUAAGACUUUGUUUAGAGGCACAUUGUCUUUAGUGAGACAUACUGUCAGAUUUAUUGUAUAAUAUUUGGUUCAUAUAUAUUUGCCAUUUUGAUGACUGUUGGUUCUAAACCCCUGAAGGUGUGUGUGUUCUCAGAGUGAUGUGUAAUAAACUGUAAUUCCAGC